AUGGAUGUGACCGUUGCUGGUGCACAGGGCUUACCAGAGAAAGCCUACCUCAGCUUGCGAGCUGGUGAUGUGCGAAAGCAGACCCAGUACAAGCCAGGCGAAUGCUUCUCGUUCGACGGUAAGCAAGUGCCGCGGCACCUGGUGGUUGAUGUCUUCGAAAAAGUUGGCACGGCGCAGGUGAGCAUCUCCGAGCUGUCCAACUGCGACGGUGGAUUUGUGCAGUUGCAAGGAAGGGAUGGGAAGAUCGUCCUCGACAUGCAAGCCAAGGUGCGCUCCCAGAUGCCGGAGCCGAAGAAGCGAGUCUCCCGACACCAGGCAGCCAUAGAUGCUCAGCAGUAUUUGGAGGCCCACUCCGUUCAGCGAGUGUUGCAGGGGAUGGUCCAUGAGCUGCUGUCUAACCGACCCUCUGAUCCGUACUCCUUCAUGCUGGGCUACAUUCAGGCAAGCCAGGUGAACAGGCCAACGCCGAUUCCUUCGCCUUUCCAACCGGCGAGGGGUCCAGAUGAGGACGAUUUGCCAAACUGGUCAGCAAUGCCUGGCCGUGGGGAUUCCGAGUACCCCGGCUUCCCAGCAGAUGGUUCACAGCCGCUUCCAGAUCUGUCUCGUCACCACAGCACGCUCGCGCAUGUGCUCAAAGAGCAGCCCAUGCUUUAUGAACAUCUCAAGGAUGUGCGCACGCCAAAUGGUGUUUCUUUGGCGCAGUGCAUCAAGCCUGGGAUAGACAACAGAGGGCACCCCAUUCUGCGCACUCUCGGGCUCAUCGCUGCAGUGCGGACCAAAGUCUUAACGUGGCCCAGCCGUGCAGUCUACCUCACACCCAGCUGGACUCCUGAGGACGAGACCUGCUUCGAGGUAUUCGAGCCGCUUUUCCGGUCGGUGAUCGCCUCACACGCUGCGUUCAAUCUGAGCCAAGCAUCCACUUUGGAAAUCAUGACUGAAGGUCAUGGACAGGUGGUACGAGAGCAUCUUGCAAGACGUGCAGCUGCCGAGCGCCGUCGAUACUCGACAGGCAAGCUGAAAGCUGCAAAUGCUGGCUCAGGCAUGCUCAGGCUAAUUCUGCAGUUCCUUUCUGACAGGCAGGCGAAUCGUUGA